UUCUUGUUCUCUUUCCAUCAUCGCUGCAGGUUUCGUGUCACUUACGACGACAGCUAGACAUCGCACUCUUCCUUUUUAUUUCUUGUCGAGCACAAUCGUUUGUUUUCUAUCACAGUAUUAGCCCCAUGACUCGCGAUACAUUUGCCAUCAAGGUUGAGAAUAUCCCCGAAAAUGGUUGGUCUAAAUAAGCGGGAAAAGCUGGUCUAAUUGUAAACGUAGUCAACUUGAAGGACGUCGAAUCCAUUUUCAGUAGCGCUGUUGGUCCCAUCCAACGUGCGGAGAUUCAUCGCGAUGGAAUAACUACGCCGCACUGCGUGCUAUGUUUUCUUACACACGAUGCCUUUAAGCAAGACUUGUAUGCUCCCACCUGACUGUACCAAUUGACCACAUGACAGGAAAGCUCUGCGGAUGUCUGGUUACAACAUCGGUGGUUCCUCCAUUACCGUGACACCCGCCGGUAACAAAACGUCGUCUCCAAGCACUGGCAAGAAUUCAGAUGCGCGCCGAAAUCUCUACGUCCUCGGUCUACCCUUUGAUCUCACCAAGCCUGAAUUUUCCGCUCUGUUUUCGCGUUUCGGCACUGUCAUGCACGCCGUGAUUCUCGCUACUGUCGAUAACGCAUCUCGCCGUCGCGGGUUCGUGGUAAUGUCAUCUCAUGAGGAAGCCAAACGUGCGAUGAAUAUGCUCUCGCGAACGCAACUAAAAGGACACACCCUUGAUGUAUCUUGGGCCGUUGUACAACGAUCUCAAGGCUUCUUAGAUGGCGCAGACAGGACGAUGAUGCUGGCAUCCUCAAACCCUUUGUCACUUCCGGAAAUGGAGUUCGAUCGCCAACCCGCACCUCCGACCAUUAGCUCGCCCAAAAACUGGAAUAUCUCGUUGGCACCUUCCUCGAAGUUGCUGGUAUCGAACUUGCCGUCCCUUCUUUUUGCUCAGGCCAGUGACUUGCAUCCUUUGUUCUAUCCUUUCGGUCCCAUCAAGGAGGUGAAGCUCAUGGAUUCUAUCACGCUUGGCAAUGGAACUACGAGCGCUCUGGUCGAAUACGUGAAUAUCUUCAAUGCUCAGGAAGCCAAAGACGCACUUCAACGACAAUUCUAUGGGACCUCACACCUGGAAGUCCGAUUCGUCCAAGACAAUAUCCAUCCGGUUGACUCUGCUGCUGCUGCGUAUGCUCAGUCUCCCAUGCUACCGAAAACAUCUGACGCCGGACUUAAUCCCUGUGCUACUCCUUUUGUCCUUGGAUCUUGCCACUUACCACCCUUGGCUUCCGGUCUUAGCUGCGUUGCACACGAUGCGUUUGUAAACGACUUCUACUCCCCACCUGGUCUUCCCAGCGAUACCUUUCAAGCUGCCUCAUUCGCACCUCACCCCGUUAGAUAUCACCUCAGGGCCCAUGUUGCCGAUACAAUUUCCAGAUCCAGCUCUGCAACGAGCUCGAGGUAAAACUGUUAUCUUCAAAUAGACAAAGCUAAUCCCUUCGAAGCAGCUGGAGUAACGAUAUUCGCCCAUACAGGCCUUCUCGUGCACCGUUCUCUUCCUUCACACGCGCGAACACACCCGCACAAUUCACACCACUUUUCUAUGCUUGAUCGAUCCACUUUUCUUCUGGAUGGACUCACUAUAUCGCCCAUCCAUGCUCUUCGUAAUUUUUAUGCUUCAGUACCUUCAAGAAAUGGACUCGGACUUCUUCUGGGCAAAUAAAUAGCACCCGUGCACUAGUCUUUAUGCUAUCGAUUCUUGUUUUAAUCUCGGAAUUCCGUUUGUGUCGAGGAGACGUCAUUCCAUCCUUGUUGAUAAUAAUUAGUAAUAACGUCUGUCUUCCGUCUCCCUGUAGUCGCUGUUUUGUUCGUCCUGUAGGGGCUUGUAAUCAUGGGUUUUGUCCAGUGUA